AUGGCAGAGUACAAUAAGCUUUCCCAGGGAUACAAGAUGGAGAUGACCACUGGUAGGGAUUAUCCAAAUUUUAGAGGCCUUGAGAAGGAAGAGGGAAGAUGGGUGGAAAUCUUUGUGGUAGAAGUUGAAUGGACCUACCCAGGUUUCCAGCCAACUAGCUCUCUGUUCAGACUAAAUGCUACGCGCUGUACGCAAGUCCGCAUCAUCGAACCUCUGAACAGUCGUCUUUUCUUGGAUUUCAAAAGCAUCCAUGAAAUCCCUCACAUGCACUAG